GUAGGCAGAGGGGCGGAGGCCAUACCUGCAGCAGCGGUACUUACCUGUCGCCAUGGCCGCGCUCCACGCUGGCGACCGGCACAGGGACCAAAGCGGCAGUCAGUACAUGGCGGCAGUUACCUGCAGAAGGUUGGGUCUCUUUUUCUGGUAUGGCACUUGCAAUAAGCAGGGAAAAGAAGUGAAUGAUUGAUACCAGCCAAACUCAUAGGCUGCUUGAACUCCAAACACACUGCAAUAUGCUCCAUUUAAACGAGCCAAACGGGCCAUCCCAAACACGCUGAGCUUUGAGAAAGCAAGAGAGCGCAAAGAAGGACGGACAGAAGGGAUUUGCCAUGGUAUCUUACGAUCUGCCAGCAGGCAGUUUUGGAGCCAGGUGAGUGUGGAUAAAGUUAAGGAAGGAGAGCGCUGGCUGCUGUUUAGCCAUUGCAGCAGUUGGCGGAGCGGUUGUGGCCACUGAUUGUAUUUUGUUAGGAUCUCAAUGGCGAAUGCCGUGGCUGUCACCAGUGUAGGUGCAGCUGUGCCUGCUGCAGCUUCCACUGCCAUCUUGAGGAGGAGGUGUGUGACCACAGCAACUGCAACCGCGUCAAGUGACUGUGUGUCUGAUGGGAAUGGGAGUCUGAUGACGAUUUGUCGUGAUCAAGUGUGUCCGGUGCGCCGGAAGCAUCGGCGACAGCAGCAAGCUACAGCAGCCAGAGUGGGAUCUUGGUGCUCUUUGCGGUGUUGUUGCUCUUCCUGCUGCUGCUCCACCCUCAGCGUGACAGCUACCGCUCGAGGAGUGGUUGGGGCCCCUAACAUGGCAGCAGUCACAUCAACCUCAGGUUCUGGGUCGACCAUGACGGCCGAUCACAGGCUAUGGACCUGCCAUGACAGCAGCAGGAAGAAGAAGAAGAUGCUGAUGAUGAUGAUGAACAAGAUGAUGACAUUAACCCCGUACCAGCUGUCGUUUCCUCAGCGGGGAUCACCUCUGCGGGCCCGUCGCAGCCACCACUGCCAUGUCAUCCACAUGAGUCAGGCAGCAGUUGACGAGCGCGAACAUGCCAUGUUUAUCCAAGAUGUGGCAAAGAUUACUCCACCAGCAACUUUGUCAGUGCUUCUCAGAGUCUUACAGGCAAAAGGCGAGGUCCCUGCCUCACCCUCUGAUCGGAAAGGCAUCCUACCGCUGGCUAUCCCUUUGACAAGCAAUCCAACGACUGGUGAUAUUACCGCGUUGUUGAGAUGGCCGACUCCUCCAGAAGGGUUAGAAAUGCCAUUGAUUCGAUUGCGGAAGGGUAAUCAAGGAGAAGGAGGAGCAGGAGUUGGAUGCCCAAUCCUUCUCGCCAAAACUGUUGAUGAUUUCGUCCACCGAUGCCUAGUGGAGGAAGAUGCGCGUUUGCACAAUCAGCCCUCAUCAACAAGCACAACAUCUGAUCAACUCUCAUCUCCUAACAAUCAACCCCUCCCUCAAGAGGAUAGUGUGAAUGUAUCAACAGCAGCAGGUGAAGUGGGCGAACAGCUAUAUGUGAAGGGGAGCUUCAGCAAAUCGAAUCUCCCAUCGGUUGAUGUGUACUUAACGCGGAAGGUCGCUUUGUUUCCGGAUGUGCUGGAAAGGCUGGCUCUUGGUCACCUAGACAGAGGGGAUCACGUGUCGGCAUUAGUUGCUGCAGAGUUUUACUGCAGCCGCAAACAUUUCCCCGGAUUUGGGCGACCCUUCGGAUUCAACGCCGAGUUGUUUGUGCGAAUUGGACGGCUAGCAGAAGCCAAAGACGCGGCCAGAGUGGCACUUAGGUGUCCCUGGUGGACGCUAGGCAGUAGUUUUGAGGAAAUGGCUGACAUAGCCGGCUACAGUGACGAGAGGAUUGAACUGUUGAAGGAACGAUUGACAGAAGAAGCAAGGCAAGAAGACAUAACCAAGGGGAAAUCGCCCGAGCAAGUAUCUCUUGACCAGGCGGCUUUUCUGCUUGAUACUGCAGCCGCUGAGGGUAAUUGGGAUGAUGUCAGGGAUCAACUGGGUGAUCUUUACAAACACGCUGGGCUCACUGAUCUUUCCAACUUCAUUAGAAGUGGAACAUGAGUGAGAAGGGAGGUAGGGAGGGAACGGGGAGAGGAGAGGUCCAGAAAACAUGAAAAAUCCAGCUCCUUCAAUUUACCUGGAAAAUAAAAAUAAGGAAUGGCUCUCCAUGAGGCUGAAUGGUAGAACAGGAAGAGACAAAGAGGGCACCCUGCCAAACAUUGAGGAAACUCUCUCUCUCUCUCUCUCUCUCUCUCUCUCUCUCUCUCUCUCUCUCUCUCUCUCUCUCUCUCUCUCUCAGACACACACACACACACACACACAGGCAUACGUUUAUUGCACUUCCUCCCACGUCUCCCAACCCUGGUGUACCACUGUUGCAGUUAGGGAAAACAAAAUAAGAAACAAUUC